AUGAGUAAUUACACAACAAUUCGUUAAGAAUCCAUUGUAUAGGAAAGAAAAUAAGUUACACUUCCUUAGACUUAAUAUGUAAAUUAGUUUGAUGAAAUCUAGAACACAACCUACUUGAGAUCCGAAAGACCAGAAGCCUAUUAAUUUUGGCACAAAAAAGGCAAAUAAAAUUCAUACCAAAGCAAAGUGUUAUCCACACAUUAUCAAAUGCAAACAUCAUUCAAUCCUGGAUAAUCAAUACAACUUGGAGGGUGUGCUUCAAAUAUGUAGUGCGGAUCCAGUGCUUAAUCUUGCUGUCCACCUUAAUAAUAGGCAGUAGUAAGAUUGGGAGUAGUUUCCAGAGAAGAGAUUGAAGCUCCAUGGAGAGAUGAAGUCUUGUAUUUAUAAUAAUUGAUUUCUGAAUUGGAAAAGAAAAAGACUGUUGAAGUAGUGAAGUAAAUGGACAAUACAAGAGUGCAUGAAUUGGAAGAUGAAAAUGAAAGGCUCAGAUUAUUGAUUCAACAGACUCAAAGUGAAACAGUGACCUAAAGAAUUAUGGAAGUCAAUAAUGAAGCAGAAGUAUGGAAAAGAAAGUUUUAAGAAAUUAAUCAUGAAUAUAGUGAAACUCAAGAGAAAUUAAUGAAUGCAGAAAUAGAAUUAGAAGCAUUAAAGAAACAGAAGAUUGUGACCUCAUCCACUACAGUCACCAAGUCAGUUGUGAAAACUUCAGGUUCAACUGUUAGAUAGUCUGUUUCAGGUAUAAAGCCACCUGUCUGAUUAAAUAAUAACAUUAAUAAUAAUAUUAAAAAAUAGUGUA